AAAAUACUGUGUCGAAUCUGCCGGGGGUGUUCACAGUUAGUAAAGCAAGAUGGCGGCCCCUGCAAAACAGUAUGGGCUGAUCUUGCCUCAGAAGAAAGGAGCAUCAAAGUCUGGAGUGCUCCAAAAACCAUCUGUGUUUGGGGAUGAUUCAGAUGAUGAGACAUCUGUUGGGGAGAGUCUGCAGAGAGAAGCUGUUAAAAAGAAGAUGAUGAAGCAGACACGUUUGGAGAUGCAGAAAGCCCUGGAAGAGGACAGCACUGUUUAUGAUUACGAUGCUGUGUAUGAUGACAUCCAAAAGCAGAGACUUGAGAGCAAUAAGAAACUUCUACAUGGUGCUGACAAAAGGCCAAAAUAUAUCCACCAGUUGAUGAAAGCUGUUGAAGAUCGGAAGAAAGAACAGGAACGGAGGGAAGAGAGGAAGAUUCAGAAGGAAAGGGAGGCAGAGGGAGAGCAGUUUGCAGAUAAAGAGGCUUAUGUUACUUCGGCCUACAGACAGAAACUGGAGGAGCAGAAGGAGGAGCUGGAGAGAGAGAAGAGAGAGGCAGCCAUGGAAGCUGCUUUGGACGUGAAGAAACAAAAGGACCUGAGUGGUUUCUACCGGCACCUGCUGAAUCAGACUGUAGGAGAGGAGGAAAUACCAGAUCGCUCUAAAAUCAAAACUGAAACCUCUAGAGAGACAGAGAGGACAUCAUCUGUCUCCUCACCAACUUUCCAAGAUAAAAUCCCAAGUUCAUGCAGUGACAAUGAGGAGGGACAGGAACAGAAGUCCGGCUUUAGCAAGCCUGGGUUUGGCUCAGCACACUCGAAACGCCAGUACCGACAGAGGUCGCCUUCAUCAGGAAGUGGAGAGGACAGGGAGAAAGAAAGGGAGAAAGAAAGACACAAGAAGAGUCACAGAGACAGAGAAGACAGAGACAGAGGAAGAGACAGAGACCGGGACAGAGACAGAGACAGAGACCGAGACAGAGACAGAGAUAGAGACCGAAACAGGGAAAGGGAGAGGGAUGAAAGACAUGGAGGAAGAAGAGAUGACAGAGAUCGAAGAAAAGACAGGGACAGGGACCGAGACAGAGAAAAUGAUAGACACAGAAGCAAGGGAGAUUCAACAAAGGAAGACCGGCAGGGGAGGAGGGAGAGAAGUCCUAAAGAAAGAGAGAGGGAUAAGAAUGGAGAGCGAGAGAAGAGGAGGAAUCCAGACGAGGACAAACGGAAGGACAAAGAUCGGGAAGAAGAAAAGGAGAGGAGAAAGGAAUUGAAGAAGGAAGAGAAGGAUCCAGAAAAGAAGGAAGAAGUCCCCAAUGAAAAAGAGGAGGAACAAACGCAGGAAGGGGAGGAAAAGGUGAACAAGUUUGCAAAACGCAGCACAGAUCAGACUGUGAGUUCGGCCAGAGAGAGAUACAUGGCUCGACAGAUGGCACGCUCAGCCUGUAAGACUUAUAUAGAGAAAGAGGAGGACUGAGAGCUCUGCUUUCUUUAAAUGUGAAUAAGGUUAUUUUCCCCUCCAACAAAUCAAAUUAAAAGAUCAAAUCCAACAAUGAAAA